GCGGCGCCUGGCCCGGCCGCUGCUCGCUGCGCUGCUCCGCCGCCUCCGCCGCCCCUCCUCGGACUCGGGUUCACGCGCGCCUCACUUCAUCCCAGUCCCGGGCGAGCAGCGUUGGGUUUAUGUCUUUAUUUGACGAAAACGAGCUGUUGCGCAGCCAUUGGUACCUGUAUUGGGGAAACAUAGCAUACAAACAAGAAGCUUACAGCCUCAGUGGCGAAAAUUUUUUCAUGUCAGAGACCGAGAACUCUUGCAGUCGUUUAUGUCAUCCCUUCUUCUCCAGACAGAAGAUACCAAAAAGUUGCAAUCAAAGAUCUCUUCAUCUUAUUGAUAAAGCCACUAAUAAGCCAAAAUGUCUGUCAAUGUCAACCGCAGUGUGUCAGACCAGUUCUAUCGCUACAAGAUGCCCCGUCUGAUUGCCAAGGUUGAGGGCAAAGGAAAUGGUAUCAAGACAGUUAUAGUCAACAUGGUUGACGUUGCAAAGGCGCUUAAUCGGCCUCCAACGUAUCCCACCAAAUAUUUUGGUUGUGAGCUGGGAGCACAGACCCAGUUUGAUGUUAAGAAUGACCGUUACAUUGUCAAUGGAUCUCAUGAGGCGAAUAAGCUGCAAGACAUGUUGGAUGGAUUCAUUAAAAAAUUUGUUCUCUGUCCUGAGUGUGAGAAUCCUGAAACAGAUCUGCAUGUCAAUCCAAAGAAGCAAACAAUAGGUAAUUCUUGUAAAGCCUGUGGCUAUCGAGGCAUGCUUGACACACAUCAUAAACUCUGCACGUUCAUUCUCAAAAACCCACCUGAGAAUAGUGACAGUGGUACAGGAAAGAAAGAAAAGGAAAAGAAAAACAGGAAGGGCAAAGACAAGGAAAAUGGUUCCAUGUCCAGCAGUGAGACCCCACCACCACCACCACCAAAUGAGAUCAGUCCUCCUCCACAUGCUGUGGAAGAAGAGGAGGAUGAUGAUUGGGGGGAGGAUACAACUGAGGAAGCUCAAAGACGCAGAAUGGAUGAAAUCAGUGACCAUGCGAAAGUUCUGACACUCAGUGAUGAUUUGGAAAGGACUGUUGAAGAGCGGGUCAAUAUCCUGUUUGAUUUUGUUAAGAAAAAGAAAGAAGAAGGUAUUAUUGACUCAUCAGACAAAGAAAUUGUUGCUGAAGCAGAAAGAUUGGAUGUAAAAGCCAUGGGCCCUCUUGUUUUGACUGAAGUUCUUUUUAAUGAGAAGAUUAGAGAACAAAUUAAGAAAUACAGGCGCCAUUUCCUACGAUUUUGUCACAACAACAAAAAAGCUCAACGGUACCUUCUUCACGGUUUGGAGUGUGUGGUAGCAAUGCAUCAAGCUCAGCUCAUUUCCAAGAUUCCCCAUAUCUUGAAGGAGAUGUAUGAUGCAGAUCUGUUGGAAGAAGAAGUCAUCAUCAGCUGGUCAGAAAAGGCGUCUAAGAAAUAUGUUUCAAAAGACCUUGCCAAAGAGAUUCGUGUCAAAGCGGAACCAUUUAUAAAAUGGUUGAAGGAAGCAGAGGAGGAAUCUUCUGGUGGUGAAGAAGAUGAUGAAGAUGAGAAUAUUGAGGUGGUGUAUUCGAAGACUGCCAGUGUACCUAAAGUUGAAGCUGUGAAGUCUGACAACAAGGAUGAUGACAUUGAUAUUGAUGCCAUUUAAAGGGGUGGGUGCAGCCCAGCUUAACAGUGUAAUGCUGCAAAUCUUUCUGCAUCAUCAGCCAGAAGUGCAACAUGUAUGUGCAAAAGCUAAAAUGGCUUAACAUCAUGCUACACUUUCUACUAAAAAUGUAUUGCUGUGAGUGGUCUGUAAUUAAGCCCAACAAGACAUCUAGGGAGUCCAUACACAUAUCAGUGAGCAGAUAUAGUUUGCUUAUUUAUAGCAUGUUUGUUUUUGAAAAAUUAGUGGUGGACACAUUUGGAUCACAUUUAUACAGUUAAAAAUAAAGAUUUGAUUUUGGUCAUUCUUAAGAUUUUGGCUCUGAAUGACUUAAGCUGAAAUGGCUCCUUAAAAUACUGCACCAUCAUUAACCUGAUAGGACUCUUGGAGCCUGUUAGAUAUUGUUAGAUGCUGAGACUGUAAAGGUGUCUUCAGCAGAAUGUAAACAUAAGCUUACUUAUAAUUCUCUGCAGCCAUUGAGAAAUAAGUACUUUCUGAGUGUUCAGUCCCUCAAAUUGGCAUCUGGUAAUGUACAUACUUCUCAUGCCACGGUGGACUGAUAAUCAAAUGGCAGCGUGACAUCUUUAUCUUACUGAGAAGUAAAAAUGACCUGAGUGUCCUAUAAAUAAUUUUAAGAGCAGGUUUUGAAACUUGAAUUGUGUUUUUCCAGUUCGUGUAUACUUACCCCAAAUUGUAGUCUUUGGAGUCAUGUGCAUUGCACGUUGGAUGAGCCAGGGGAAUUAUUACAUUAACAAAUAAGCAUUUUACGUGUAUGUAGCUGUUGCUUUAUACUGAGAAAAUUUUGAAACUAAGGUGUGGUUCUGUAGUAAGCUAUGACUUUAUUUGGGGGAAGCAGGAAAAGGUGCACUUAAUCUCUAGCAAAAUGAGCAUAAUUUUUCAACUCUUACUCUUAGGGUUUAAUUAUAAUUUCAAAUGUUUUAGGCAUACUGUAUCUUUUGUUCAUUGUGGAUUUGCUCCUGAUAAUAUGGUUUGUUCAAUGCCUUUUACAUGUGGAUACUUGGUAGCUUAAUGCUUUUUAGGUUUUGGUUGCUAUCUUGCCAAAAUAAGUGUUACUGUGUCUCAAACAUGAUUUUCCCCCCCCAAAAAUGUUUUAUUUAAAAAACAGCUAAGAGCAUACUUCCAGUUAAAGCCUAUAUUUUGGUGUAAGACUUAAGGUGUUUUUUAUUUCAUGUUGAAUAUAGCCAGACACCCAAGAAGUCUGAUGAUGGUCACUGAAUGCAGGUUACUGGGGCCUGACCCAGCCCAUCCUGAGAUUUAGAUUUGGAAAUAACUUGCUGGUGAAUUCUUGGCUCAAUUAGCUGGUCAAACUCAUUUGACGUGGGUUAUGGCUAUAUCAGAAAUUCUCUUCAGGGGAGAAACUUGUUCCAUUUAUUCCUUUCCACAAAGUACACUAGGAAUCAAAAAUCCAAAGGGUUAAUUUUGUUGGGAGCACUGUCUUACAUCGCUUUUUUCUGUGAUCCAUCUUCACAGAUUAUAAUGAGACCUUAAUAAAUGUAUCUAAGAAUUUUUCACAUUGGAAAUUAUAUAAACAUUUGGUAUAAUAAAAUCUUGUUAGCUUGA